AUGGACGAGUAUGCCCGCCAAUUACAGACGCUCUACGCUUCCCAGUGGCUCAGCCACGCCCAGGAAGUGAUGAGCCAACCGUUGAAGGCCACGGGACCUCGUACUCAGCGAUUUCUCCGCGUGGUGGCCUCGCUAUCGAGAACGAUGGACAAGUACAGUGCCAGCGCCGGGCGCGAGCGGGCGCUCGACGCCAUCGACUUGGGCGCCAUCUACGCCGGCGUCGACGCCCGAGAAUCACUGAAUAACGACAAUAAACUCGGGUAUACCGAUUUGGUGGUGUUGGAAUUGCUCGACUAUUUCAAAAACCAUUUCUUCACCUGGGUGAAUAAGCCGCCGUGCCCCCAGUGCCACGGCGAGGGCGACAAUAUGGUGGCGACGGGAGGGCGCCCUUUCCCCGCAAACGCGCCCAACCCGGACGAAAUCGGCGCCAUCGAAACCUAUAAAUGUCAACAUUGCCAAAUCGAUGUGGAGUUCCCUCGUAUCCGCAACCCUAUCUCCUUACUUAAAACGAGACGAGGUCGCUGUGGCGAGUGGGUCGACUGCUUUGUCCUCAUCUUGGUUGCGCUUCUUGACGACCCGCUGAAGGUCCGCUAUGUGUGGAACCAAGAGGACCAUGUGUGGUGCGAGUAUUACAGCGACCACUUGCGGCGCUGGGUUCAUUUAGACCCUUGUGAAGCAGCGUGGGACCAACCACUGUUAUAUUGGCAAAACUGGGGCAAAGCUAUGAGCUACGUCCUUGGUUUUGGUACUGAUUACUGUAUCGAUUUGCUGCCAAAGUAUAUCGACGCCACAAAACAGAUCCCUCAAAAGGAGAUUGUCGACUCCCCCAAAGAAGUUAGUGACGGGAUCAAAUACUUUGCUAAGUAUAAGCUUAUUGACGCUUAUCUGAUGUCGGGGAAACCGCAGACUGCCAUCAAUUUCUACUAUGAUUACCUUGUCCCGUAUAAUCGCGAGUUGCGCCUGGUCGCACAGGCGGCGGCGGGCGCAGCGCUGGCGCCAUCAGCAUCGACAGCGCCGCCGAGUGCGAGCGCCGGCUCCGCGCCCGCCGGGAGACAGCUGGGCAGUGCCGAGUGGACUCGCGCUCGCGGCGAGUCCGGCCCGCAGUGA